CACAGAGCACCCUCUGCCACCCUGCACUGACCAUGGCCACCUUCGUGGAGCUCCUCACCAAGGCCAAGAUGCCCAUCGUGGGCCUGGGCACCUGGAAGUCUGCCCCAGGCCAAGUCGAGGAGGCCGUGAAGGCAGCCAUUGAAGCGGGGUACCGCCACUUUGACUGCGCCCCUGUGUACGGGAACGAGAGCGAGGUGGGCGCGGCCAUCCAGGAGAAGCUCAAGGAGAAGGUGGUGAAGCGCGAGGACCUGUUCAUCGUCAGCAAGCUGUGGUCCACCUUCUUCGAGAGGCCCCUGGUGAAGGAAGCCUGCCGGAAGACCCUUAAUGAUCUGAAACUGGACUACCUGGACAUCUACCUAAUACACUGGCCUCAGGGCCUGAAGCCUGGGAAGGAGAUCCUCCCUAAAGACGAAGCAGGCAACCUGCUCUGUUGCAAGGCAACGUUCGUGGACGCCUGGGAGGCCAUGGAGGAGCUGGUGGACGAGGGGCUGGUGAAAGCCAUUGGCGUCUCCAAUUUCAACCACUCCCAGAUUGAGAGGCUCUUGAACAAGCCCGGACUGAAACACAAGCCAGUGAUGAACCAGGUGGAGUGUCACCCAUACCUCACGCAGGAGAAGCUGAUCCAGUACUGCCAUUCCAAGGGCAUCGCAGUCACUGCCUACAGCCCCCUGGGCUCUCCAGACAGACCUUGGGUCCAACCAGAGGACCCUUCACUGCUGGAACACCCCAAGAUUAAGGAGAUUGCCGCAAAGCAUAACAAGACCCCUGCCCAGGUUCUGAUCCGCUUCCAUAUCCAGAGGAAUGUGGUUGUGAUCCCCAAGUCUGUAACCCCCAAACGCAUUGUUGAGAACUUCCAGGUCUUCGACUUCCAGUUGAGCGAUGAGGAGAUGGCGACCAUACUCAGCUUCAACCGCAACUGGAGAGCCUGCCACCUGAAGGAAACUGUCCUUUUGGAGGAAUACCCUUUCCACGAGGAAUACUGAUGGAGGCCCUUCACGUUCCUGCAAGAUUCUCCAGUGUUCCCCCAGCUGCAUUCCUGAUUAAACCUCUCUGCUCUUGA